AUGUCGAGCGAGCUCUCCAAUGCACUUAACCCGGACAUCGUCACCACCCGUCGCUCUAGACAAUCUUACUCCUCCCUCCCGCUUCUCGAGCCUCAGGUUUCUCCACAACUUGUUGAACGAGCACGUCCAGCGUUCGUCCCCCACAGGAGCGAACUCGAACUCGCAAUAGCAGAGCCGCCCCCGCGGCCCACGCCAACAUCACUCCCAGAACCGGUACUAGCACCGGAGGAAGCACCAGUACCCCAAACAUGUGUACCAGCGCCCCGUCCUCCAAACGUAGUACAGGAACUGCUUCGCGUUCUUACAGCGACGAAGGAGGCUACGGAAAAUGAACGGAAACGGAGGGUCGCCUGGGAAAGGGAACAAGAAGACCGGUACGUUCGAAGGCAAGCAGAAAUGGAAAAACAGAUGGAUCAAAUGCGACGGGAACUAUUAGAGCUGAAGUCCCUUGUUGGCUCAAUUACGCAGCCAUCUACCCAUGUCGAUUCGACGCGCUCUGCUGUAUCAGCGGAGGGAGGUUAUGGGCCUGUUGAGCACCACGGGCUUUCUGCUUCGAGCGCGGGUACAAGUUCAAUACGGGAAACAAACUCAGAUUCGACUAUGAGCGAGAGCCCGGCUAUACAAAUGCCAAUGACUCCUUUAACACCUGCUUCUGAACCUACACCGCGUUUAGUAUACCAUCGCGAUGUGGAUCCACCCUCGUACCAUGGAGAAUCAAGCUCUCGUGUAUUGGAGCCUCACUCACGUUUACCACUUACCACUCCCUUUCCCAAUAUAGAGGAAAUGAGAGAGCCGACACCGGCACGUACACAAUCUCGCGCAACUGAGGACCACACGUUUGCAUUUGACGAAGAAUCCCCUUCGGAACCUUCAUCUUCUCUGCGCGAACGUAGUCUCUCUCACACGAGCGUACAAAUUCAACGUCCAUUUGCACCCUCUCCUACAUUACGCACACCGCGCGAGUCUCUGCCGAUGUCUCCGCCCACUACAUCGACUAUAUACAACCGAGGGAUCCCACUGCAGUACAGUGAAAGGGAUGGUAAUGAAAGCAGUGACGACGAUAACUCUGAGUCAUUAGUAGGUGAACAUUCACGAAAGCGUGCGAACGGACAUGAUGGGCGCUGUCUGACAAUCCAACACGCCAUGCGGCUGCAUAUCCUUUUGGCUAUGGAAAUUGAGAACGAUAAAGAUCUUCCUGACAGCCAUGCUGAAGAUACACCGUUAUCGGUAGAAGAGCCUAUACGUUUUGUAUGGGAGAAGACAGUCAAGCAAUCCGCGCAUAACGGAGCUAUGAAGAGACGGCUUGUUGCUGAUAUCAUGAGCAGUCGGGGCAUGUACGCAUAUGUCCCGGACAAGGAUUUCACUAAGAAGACGCUGGAUGCCGUUUUCGAUCAGACUUUCACGACGCUGAGGCAGAAGUAUAAAGCCCAAAAGGAUGCCACAGUUGCUUUGCAACGCAAGAAGAGAGACGAUCAAAAGGCCAGAAAAGCUAGAAGGUUCGGUAGAAAGAAGCUGAAGCUAACUAAUCGUACAGAGGCUCGGAAGAAGUUGGAACCAUUUUCUAACGCUGUCUUCGAAAAUGCUCUUCGACACGAAUGCAUGUCUUCCGAGGAAUCCUGCGACGAGGCUGAUACUUCUGAGACUGUGACUGGAGACAAUGGGCGCAAAACGCAAGUGUUGACUAUUCGUGGUCUCCCAUGGCGCAGCCUCAGGCUGCAGAGGUUCUACGCAACGCUCGAUGACCAGGAGCAAGUGGAUAAGAGCACGAAGCUCAAACGUGGGAUUGGUCGAAAAGAACGUCACAUUGGUCCCUACAAGGAGGGUAUUGUUCUACCGCCCUCCGGCGUUGCCAGCUGGAUGAUUAGCAAGAGGUGGACUCGACAUCUGGAGAUGACCCGCCCCGACCUUGCUGCUUUGAUGAGGGCUUUCAUUCUUGACCCUUCUCACUCCAACUGGAUUCUAGUCUCUGGUAUCACUCUCUUUUACCAGUCGUUGUCUUCAAAAUAUAGUUCUCGUGGUCCAAUGCAUCUACCAUUCACACCUAAUCACAUCCAUCUCAUCUCUGAAUGCUAUCCUUCGUCCGCAGCUCUAGUAUCAUCUGGUCCAGAGUACCUUCCCAAUUCACAAGAGCUUUCCCGUUUAACAUACUAUGCUUCCAAUCGGCCCGGGAAAAUUACUAAACUCACAAACGAACUAGAGAGGAAAGUCAAAACGGACUCCCGUAAGGCGCAGGGAAAUACGCGGUGUCGCGCGUCUCUCCUAAUUACCUUGUAUAUCUUCAAGGCUCUGGCGGCUGAGUGUCGCCGUGACAUUUCCCUACUCACAGCAUCACUACUGUCAGCAGUGAGCAUCACCUUGUCUACACUUUCUUCCGACCUCGAAGUUGCAGCGCGAGCAGCCACUGUGUUCACAGCCUGGGCAACGUAUACGGACGGACGACUCAUUGGGGUAGAUAGAGGUGUCACCCAGAACUACGUAUCAUGCCUGCAACAUUUCUCCGGAAUGGGAAAGAAAAAGAUUGAGGAUAGAGAAGUUCGAAAUCGUACGCGGCUCGUUGGACUAGCCACCCUCACAGCUGCUGUGCAUUCAGAAGCGCUUUAUCACUCAUUCACACAUUUUAAACUACAAGUUUCCGCUAUCAUACCUGCACUCUUGACAGUAUUCACUGAAGUCGAGGUCGAUACCUUGAAGAAUGAAGCUGGGGUUAUCAAGGAGGGACCAAAAUUUGCAUUCACGGAUGAGUUUCGCACUAAACCUGCGCUAGAAAGACGGGCCGCUUCUAUUCAUCUUCAUAUCGACGGGGAAAGAGGCCCGUCUUCCAGUGAUGUGGUUAACGCAUCGCUUCAUGCACUAUCCUCUUUACUUGGUCAUUCGACAGCGCCUCAGGUUGGCGUUAUUAUGUCGGCCGCAUUCGAGUUCUUCGAUGACUCCGGUGGAUGGAACAGAGUUGAGCAAUGCCGAUGGUUCGCAGCCAAAGCCUGUCAGUGGACCCAGUACCAGUAUCGCUACGCAGUCCCCACACGUUUGGUCGAGUGUUUGGUGACUGGGCAAGAUGCAUCACAAGCAACCUCUCAGCUCACCACCCUAGCACUCAUGUUGACCACCAUCUUUACUUCACCAAUUCCUUUGAUCAACCUGUCUACUUCCGACCUGAUCUCAAGUCUCAUAUCGGUUGUUUUCCACCGAAUUAACGUCCAUGUUGAUGAUCCUCUACUUGGAACAUUAGUGGAAUGUAUUGCCUCAUUGGGCACUCAUGUCUAUUAUGCGGAUCAAAUCCAGGACCUAGCAGGCGAACUCAUUAGUCGAAUUGUUAUGGUUGAAUCCGGCGGAAUUCCUGGAGGUUCCAAAGGUAAUGCCGACAAGAGUCGCUCACAGGCAAUUCGGUGUCUGUUGGCAAGCCUUUUGGGGCUCAUGCAUGCAGCUGAUCCACACGAUGACGCCAAAGUCGAUUCUAGUACCGACAGGGAUAUCCAUAAUUCUGGUACUAGUCCUGAAUUACCGUCCCCAAAUAAUCCUUCUAUUCAUGAUGUGCAUGUCCGCUCAUCUCGUCGCACCAAAAUCGCUCCGGAAGUAUGGCAAGAUACACUCAUCCUCCUUUGUGAUCGUGACUAUGCCGUGCGAGCGGACUACGCCGCUGUGCUUGUUUCUUACCUACAAUCGGAGGUCUCUAUCCUGGGCAGCCAUACAGAUAAGAUUAUCUCCAAGCACCCUCGAACUCUCGCAGAGGGCCCAACGGAGCAGUCGAAUACUAUCACGGCUAUGAUGCAAGGGGACUCUACGACUCGUUUCCUUCAUGCGCUGCAUGCCUACGUCUAUCUACUGGCAACUUCAUCAAUAGUGGACAUAUAUCCCACGCGUUCGUCAUCCCCGGACCAUGUCUCUGCUGGGGAUAGUUCUACCAUUCAAGGCGGCAGCGUAAAUCUUGAUCCCGAACAGUCAUACGACGCUAGUCGACCACUUCCUGCACGUUCGUGCAAGACAUCUUUCAUCUUGCGUGCAAUGCAGAAGGUCCCUAAGAAACUCUCGCACUCCACACCAAGUAUAACCACACUAUCCGACUAUGGCAAUAUACUUGCUAUCCUUACCGCAGUGCAUGAGCACCUGCCUAUCCGAGGCUUGUUGGUUGGUGUACCCAUGCUCCUCGCCUUGGAUCAUGCAUGUCGCCCAGACGACGCAACCACACCACCCUCAGAGUUGGUGCUUGCCAUUCAGCAUAUACAUGCCAAGACAUGGUCAGAACUUGGAAAGGUUUGGAGUUGUAAUGAGGUGGUUGAACAAGUUCAAGAGGCACUGUCAAAGUCACCAUUAGUGUUGCCGCAGCCGCUAUCUGUACAACCUGGCACUUUCCAUCCCACACAUGAAGCAGUGGCCUUCACCUCAUCUAGUAUGGAUGCGAAUGCUGUGCUGGAGCUCCAGACAGCCAAGUUGUGCACUUGCCUAGCAUCUCACCAGAAUGUAAGGGAUACGGUUGGAUUAAACCAGGAUGCAUUGAUCCGCCGUAUGACUGCUCCUUGGACUGCGGAUUCUGCUUUCCGAGAAUCUAUAGAGUCGAACCAGAACUACGAAUCUCUCCAUCGAGAUGGCCUCUCGCCCCUGAUUAAAGUAGCCCCAGCCUUGAUGCAGAUCGAAAACAUCUCCCUUCAGAGUCUCCCAAGGUCAACGAGAGGCGUGGGGGUCACUGAUCUGAGAGAAGCUUUGGAAGGUCGUAGCAGUAUCUCCAAUCCAAAUCUCGCAAACAAGGCGCCGUCAAUAUCAACGCUUGAUCAUGCUUCCACUCUUGCGUAUCCUGAUAUCCACCACGGGUUGGCCCCUACGAGGUCCAAGCCGCAGAGGAGCAAGCUUGCGGGUCCGGGGGAAGUCCGCGAUGUGCUCAACAAGCUGGGUAUUGGGAAACCAAAUGGUUCCUCACACCUCAAAUCUUCCUUCCCUGGUCUACAGAAACCCGAACAACGGAUGCCCUCUCUGACGCCGCCAUACAAAGCGUAG